AGAAAGUAGAACCAGACUUGAAUCAGAAAAUACCACAAAGACCUUCUAAAAAAUCGCGAGUGUUGAAAUUUAAUAAAAUUUUCGAAAAAAAUGGUAUUGAACGGUAUGACAAUGCCAAUGCCAGUGCCCCUGCCCGUGCCCAGUCCUCCGGCCACAAAGUCUCGAGUGGCCAUCGACUGGGACAUCAACGACGCCAAGAUGCCGUCGGUGGGAGAGUUCGAUGACUUCAGUGACUGGGCCAAUGGACACUGCCGCCUGAUCUACUCCUCCCACAGCGACGAGGCCAGGAAGCACGCCAGUGGCUGGGCCAUGCGGAACACCAACAACCACAACGUCAACAUUUUGAAGAAGAGCUGCCUGGGAGUGCUCCUCUGCAGUGCCAAGUGCAAGCUGCCCAACGGUGCCAGUGUCCACCUGAGACCCGCCAUUUGCGACAAGGCCAGGCGGAAGCAGCAGGGCAAACAGUGUCCCAAUAGAAACUGCAAUGGACGCUUGGAGAUCCAGCCCUGCCGUGGACAUUGCGGCUAUCCAGUCACCCACUUCUGGCGACGAGACGGCAAUGGCAUCUACUUCCAGGCCAAGGGCACACACGAUCACCCCAGGCCGGAGGCCAAGGGAUCCAUUGAGGCCAGACGCCUCCUGGCCGGAGGAGCUGGAAGACGCGUGCGCAGCUUGGCCGUGAUGCUGGCCCGGGAGUCGGCCCUCAGCGACAAGCUGAGCAGCCUGAGACCCGCCAAGCGCCAGGCCAAGACCCAACUGAUGCAGGAGGGUGGUAAACGCAAGAGGCUGGCCAGUGGCCAGGAGAUCAGCCAAAGUAACCAGGACAUGCUGGUAGUCUCGGCCUGCCUGCCGGCCACAGCCACAUCCACUCCCACAACACAGAAUGGAAACUUCAAUCAGAACCAAAGCCCGUACAGCUCGACAGGAUCCAGUCAGUGGAGCGGGGAGCUGUACUACGGACCGGAGGGCCAGACCGGAUAUCACAACGGAGUGUAUGACUACGACAUGCUCCACUCGCCGCUCUCCUCCCACAGCUCCACGGGCAGCUACUACACGGAGAACCUGCCCCAGCAGAUGCCGCCCCAGCAGCCACAGCAACACCAGCAGUUGUCCACCAGCUUCGAGCAGCCCAUCGCCUCCAGCUUCCAGUGCGGCAUGCCCCUGUACGAGAGCUGCGACGACACCUCCAGCCUGACCAGCAGCUCGGGCUACAGCUCCGAGGACUACAGCUACUUCAACGGCGGCUAUCUGCCCAACGUUCUGGACGUGAGCAGCCAGACCAACCAGAGCCACAAUCCCAGCCAGGACAGUAGCUUCUACACCACCAGUUCGGAGAUCUUCAGCGUGUUCGAGUCGACCCUGAAUGGAGGAGGAGCCACUGCCGUGGAUCUGCUGUACGACGAAUCGGCCGCCUAUCAGCAGGCGGGGCAGAGUAACUUCCUGCCACUCACCAGCUACCAGGUGGAGCAGCAGGAUCAGCUGCAGAACGGGGACUACUACUACAGCAACUCGGGAGUGGACAACGUGUGGAACAUCCAGAUGGACUCGACCUACCAGCCAGCCCCGGCCUACUGCUAGGAGUCGAGGACAUGACCCACAGAUCUCUCCAUGAGCCAAUGACUGACUCAAUCGAUCCACUCAAGCGUUGUUCUAGUCCCUAGUUGGUUUCCAUUUAUGUUCCCAUUGCUUGUUGGUUCAACUAUUAUGUAAGAGAUAUUGAAUUGUACUAGUAUGUUUCUAGUUGGUACUCUGGUACAUGUUUCCCCAGCUAUUCCAAAGUUUUAGUAAAAGUAAGAAUAAUAUUUGUAAUCUUUAAUCUUAAAUCUUAAAUCUGUAAGAGUAUUAAGCCGCAUUGCCCACCUAUUUAUGAACAUUUUUGUGUAAAAAUAAACGAUUUUUGAGAAAACGAAA